AUGUCCAUCGUCAGGAAAUCCUACGGCGAGCGCGCCAAGCUCUCCACUAACGACCUCUCCAAGAAGAUGUUCGACCUCAUGGAGAAAAAGCAAACAAACCUCUCGGUCGCAGUGGACGUCACCAAAAAACGCGAGUUAAUCGAGAUCGCGGAUAAAGUCGGUCCAUACAUCUGUCUCCUCAAGACCCACAUCGACAUCGUCGAGGAUUUCGACAACGAUUUGGUCGAGCAACUCAAGCGUCUCGCAAAGAAACACAACUUCCUCAUCUUCGAGGACCGCAAGUUCGCGGAUAUCGGGUCUACGGUACAGUUGCAGUACUCCUCCGGAAUUUACAAGAUUGCGUCGUGGGCAGAUAUCACCAACGCACACCCGAUCCCGGGAGAGGGUAUCAUCACCGGUCUCAAAUCGAUCGGUCUCCCACUCAACCGCGGUCUCCUCCUCCUCGCCGAGAUGUCGUCCGCCGGCUCCCUCGCGACAGGUUCCUACACCGACGCAACCAUCUCCAUGGCCCGUCGUCACAAGGAUUUCGUCAUGGGAUUCGUGGCGGGUAGGAGACUUUCUGAUCGUGAGGGCGAGGAUUUCAUCACGAUGUCUCCGGGGGUUGGGUUGGAUGAUAAGGGUGAUUCGAUGGGACAGCAGUAUCGGACGCCGAAGGAGGUUAUUGGGGCUUGUGGGAGUGAUGUUAUUAUUGUUGGGAGGGGGAUUUAUGGGAAGGGGAAGGAUGUUGUUAAGGAGGCGAAGAGGUACAGGGAUGCUGGAUGGGCUGCUUACCUUGGGAGGAUUGAGUAA